AUGGCGCGAGACCCUGAAGAUGCGAGCGCCGCAUCACCAACCGGGCCACCAGGCAAGAAGCCAAAAAUCGAAGAGGCUGGAGCGGAGGCGGAGGAUCCCGUCAUAAGUGCCGCAAGGAAAGGACUUCAGGACUUGUGCGCCGAGCAUGAAGUUCCAGAGUCUCACGGAGUUGGACACGCCUUGCGGGUACUGGAGCAUGUCAACAAGGCACUGGCGGCCAGUACUGGUGUUAUUCUGCAAAGCCGGAAACAAGCAGUUCGCUUGGCAGCACUGCUGCAUGAUGCGGACGACAGAAAGAUUUUCAAGACAGAGGUUAGUCUGCAGGCGGCCAACGCCAAUGCCAGAAGCAUAAUGGCGGGAGCUGGUGCUCAUACAGAUAUUAUCAACGAAGCUGCGAGCAUGAUUGAUCUCGUGUCAUGCUCAAAAAACGGCAACUCGGUUCCUUCGGCGGCCCUCGAGAGUCCCGAGCUCUUGUGGCCCCGCUGGGCAGACCGAUUGGAGGCCACAGGUGAAAUCGGGAUCCUCCGCUGUUGGCAAUACAACCAGGAAGUGGGAACUCCAACUGUGAUGCCAGAGACGCCGCGCCCACAAACAGAGGCGGAAGUCUGGGCUCUUGCCACCAAUGACCGUUUUGAGAGGUACCAGAGCUCUGGGGGGAAAUCCAUCUCCAUGUUGGACCACUAUUACGACAAGCUGCUACGAGUAGCAUGCCCUCCUCUCGAUGUGGUUCAGAAUGCUUACUUGGAGCAGGAGAUGGCUGUUCGGGCCAAGCCCCUGGUACAGAUUUGCUUGGCAUAUGGCCGCACCGGUACCAUUCCGUUGGAUGAGGAAGUAAUUGGUGAAUUGCGCUCCAGACUGACUUGCUGA